AUGAUGAAUAUUGAUGGCAUACUGUUUAAAGAUGGUUUCCUUUACAAAGCAGUAUCGAUGAAAUCAAUUAGCUCUCAAAACAUACAUCCCACUUUUGAUGAACUUGAACAACCCAGAGAGAAUGGUGCCGUUUUGUCAACGUUACAUUCAAACAGAAAGAAGGGACACUUUAUGAAGGGAUGGGUUGAGAAAGUUGAGGAAGAGAUUGUUCAUAUCAUGCCCGAAAUGAAAGAAGUGGCAAAAACUCUUGCCAUAAACGAAAAAGAGCUUUACAAAUACUUCGAACCUGGGAAUCAUGUGAAAGUUCUAUCUGGUACUCAGGAAGGUGCAACUGGUAUGGUUGUUAAGGUUGAGCAGCACGUGCUCAUCAUUUUAUCUGACGUAACCAAGGAACAUAUCCGUGUGUUUGCUGAUGAUGUUGUGGAGAGCUCUGAGGUGACGUAUAGUAUUACCAGAAUUAGGGCAUAUGAAGAUCCGAGGUUUUCUAGUUUCUAG